AUGGUCGCCAUCCUCGGAGGAGACCCCCUCGACCCUUCGUCAUCGGCCGACUGCCUCAAAUUAUUUCUCUCCGCGGACUCGAAGUUCACAUUUUCUCAAGAAAUUUGCGGCACCAUGCGAUCAAUGUCACAAGUGGCGCGCAGAGCUGCUGGCAGCACCUUUGUGUCCCGGUCAAUCAGGAAUUACUCGCGGGCUUCGUCGCUCGCGCCGACAAACCCACUGGUCUGGCGACAGCCAACCUCAACUCGUCGUCCAUUCGCACCGAUCAACCGAUACAACUCUUCCCUGUCUGUGCCCGGAGCCAAACCACAGCCGGCAGAAGAGCGAGACGAGCCUUCCUACGAACUGAGCUUUACCUGCAAGCCUUGCCUCUACCGAUCCACCCAUCGCAUCACCAAACAAGGUUACCACCGCGGAACGGUUCUGGUCACCUGUCCGUCCUGCAAAGCCCGCCAUGUUAUCGCCGACCACCUCAAAGUCUUCUUAGACAAGAGCUCGACGCUUGAAGAUAUAUUAAGGAAGAAAGCAGCGGCCGGCGAAGAUUUCACCAAACUGUUGAAGAAGGGAAGAUUGGGCAUCCGACCGGGUGAGAUGGUGGGCAAUGAAGGCGAAGAGGAUCUUGAGUUUUGGGAGGAUGGCACUGAAUCUGUGCACACUCCGAUCGAGGGAAAGCAAGCAAGUCAACAAGGCUGA